UGCAAUGCUGUAUUUUGUAUCAAAUCGCGCGCGUUUGGCAAGACAAGGCUUCAUCGACGUCUAUAAGAAGAGGUACCCCAUAUUCCAACCAUCUAUUCGGCCACACUCUCUCUGGCCGCCGUCGCUUCUGUAGCUUGCUUGGCUAAACAGUCAAAAUGGUGAACCACCGUGCUCCCUUGGUACAGCGAAAGGUGUGCGUCGCUCCCCGACGCCCCUUCGAGAAAGCUCGUUUGGAUCAAGAGCUUAAAUUGAUUGGUGAAUAUGGUCUUCGCAACAAGAGGGAAGUCUGGAGGGUCAAGUACACUUUGGCCAAGAUCCGUAAAGCUGCCAGAGAGUUGCUCACUCUUGAUGAGAAAGAUGGCAAACGUCUGUUUGAAGGUAACGCCCUUCUUCGCCGUUUGGUACGCAUCGGUGUGUUGGAGGAGAGCCGCAUGAAGCUCGAUUACGUGCUCAGCUUGAAGGUUGAGGAUUUCUUGGAACGUCGGCUUCAAACCCAAGUUUUCAAAUUGGGAUUGGCCAAGUCGAUUCACCACGCUCGCGUUCUCAUCCGCCAGCGACACAUUCGCGUUCGCAAGCAAUUGGUGAACAUUCCCAGCUUCAUCGUUCGGUUGGAUUCCCAGAAACACAUCGACUUUGCUCUUCGCUCACCGUUCGGUGGCGGCCGUGCUGGUCGUGUCAAGAGAAAGAACUUGAAGAAGGGCACAGAUGGUGGUGAUGGCGGUGAAGAAGAUGACGAGUAGGCUAUUCGCUCCACUCUUAAUUCGAGCCUUAUAUUGUAUCUGAUCAGCAAAUACAAUUUCGUGCGCGAAGACA